AUGCUUCAGAUUUGGGGACUCGUUCUCUUCUAUGGCCUGCUCACACAGAGUUCAGCCCAACUUGAAGCCACCCCAGGGCAUCCUUCUGAUAUCCUGAACAGUUCUGGGUCUCUUACCCCACCAGAUCUUGUCUCCGGCUUAUUAGGUGGUCUAACAAAUGGACUUCACAAAGCAAAUGUACUUGGUAUUCUCCAAAAUCUUCCCAUCUUGGAUACCCUGAAAUCUGUGGGAGGUUCAUCAGGAGGUCUCAUUGGAGGUUUACUACCCAAACUAACCUCAAUAAUUCCAGGACUACAGGAUUUAAUUUCGAUCAAUGUCACCAAUCCUGUCCUCCUGGAACUCGGGCUAGAACAAUCCCCUGAUGGACAUCGACUUUUUGUAACGAUCCCUCUUGGAAUGGUCCUGGAACUGAAAACAUUCCUGACUGGUGAACUUCUUAAGCUGGAUGUUAAACUGAAUAUCAUAGUGGAAGUCAUCGCAGUGAGAGAUAAAGAUGGAAAAAUCCACUUGGUUAUUGGGGAUUGUAAGCAUGACCCUGGCAGCUUAAAAAUCACUCUCCUGGAAGGGGUUGCACCAUCUCUAGUACAAGAACUUGUAAACACAGUGACAAAAACUCUGAUUGAACAACUUCCACAUCUAAUUCAGAAAGAAAUCUGCCCUCUGCUUAAUGAGAUCCUCAGUAGUCUGGAUGUUACCUUGGUACAUGAUGUGGCUGAACUAUUAAUCCAUGGACUUACCCUGCAUCUUAAAUUGUAAACUUUAUCAAAAGAGACCAAU